AUGCCCCAAACAGAUGUCCUGAUAGCUGGUUCCGGCUCUGCAGGCGUGUUUGCAGCCACCUGGCUUGCAAUCUACAACAUCCCCUUCACUAUCUUGGAACGGCGCGACGGGCCCCUCAAAAUCGGCCAAGCAGACGGGGUACAAGUGCGCACGGUAGAGAUAUACGAGUCUUUCGGCUUGUCGGAAGAACUCCUACGUGAAUCCUACCACAUUCUUGAGGUGUGCUUUUGGGGGUUCGAUGAAGAUGCCAAUGGAAAAGCGCAAGGCGACAUCAGACGAAAGAGCAGGACUAUCGAUACAGAGCAAGGGCUGAGUCAUUUGCCGCAUGUCAUCUUAAACCAAGCUCGCAUGAACGGUAUAAUGCUUGAAAAGAUGGAAAGCGUGUUGAAGGAGCAAGGAAGAUGGAAAGAGGGUACAAGCAAUGGGAUCGAGUAUGGAUGGGCGGUCAAGGGACUCGAAAUUGACGAAACCAGGAAGCACGACCCCAAUGCGCACUGUGUCAAGGUCACUGCGGAGAAAGCUGGGAAAGAGGAGGUAUGGGAGGCAAAAUACGUCUUGGGCUGCGAUGGUGCGCAUUCAACUAUACGCAAAGCUCUCGAUAUCCGCAUGCUGGGCGACACAUCCGACACUGUGUGGGGCGUUAUGGACAUCUACCCAUUAACCAACUUCCCUGACAUUCGCCGUAAAUGCGUGAUCCACAGCACUUCCGGUAAUCUACUCAUCAUCCCUCGUGAGGGCGGUCAAUUGGCUCGGUUCUACAUUCAGCUACCUGCAGGUGUGCAGCCCAAGGAGGUGAAGCUGGCCGACCUCCAAGAUCAAGCUCGAAGGAUCUUUGCACCGUACUCAAUGGAGUUUGCUGGAGUAUUUUGGUGGAGUGCGUACAGCAUUGGCCAGCGCCUCGCCUCGGCCUUUCAUGCACACAACCGCGUCUUCCUUACUGGCGAUGCAUGCCACACCCACUCCCCCAAAGCAGGCCAAGGCAUGAAUGUAUCCAUACAAGAUGGGUACAACAUUGGUUGGAAGCUCGGCUCCGUGCUUUCAGGUCUUUCACCCCCUUCAUUGAUCCCAACAUAUGUUACCGAACGCGGCAAGACAGCCGCCGAUCUAAUUGCUUUCGACAAGGAGCUUACGAAGAAGAUUGGAAGGAAAGAAGAGUAUGAGGGCGAGUUUGCGGAUUACUUUAUCAAGAGUGGGAGGUAUACAGCGGGGUUCACAGCAAAGUACGAAGAUUCCAUGAUUACUAGCGGGGAAAGUGCUGGGGGUAGGGUCAACCUGGCAACGGGCAUUACAGUUGGCAUGAGGUUCCCUAGUGCUCAAGUUAUCCGGUUCUGUGACUGCAAGGCCAUACAGCUGCAGAGUGUGAUCAAAAGUGAUGCAAAAUGGAGGGUCGUAGUGUUUGGAGGUGACAUCAACCAGCCAGAUCAUCAUGCGCAAUUGCGCAAGCUCGCAAACACCCUUGAGGCAAUAGCGCGGAGAUACACACCGGCCACAAACUACAUUGACAGCGUGAUCGAGUCUAUCCUGGUCCUCACCACCAAAUUCACCGAAACAAAGCAAGAGCACAUACCAGAUUACUUCUGGCCUAAGAGUGGGAAGUGGGGAAUACGAGAUCUACACAAGACAUACAUCGACGACGAGCACUACAACUCUGGCCACGGCCACGCAUACCAAAAGUACGGUGUUGAUCCCUCCGCUGGUGCGAUUGUGCUGGUGCGACCAGAUCAAUAUGUUUCCAAAGUCACGACUCUUGACGAUUUGUCUGGUAUCUCAAAGUUCUUCGAGGGCUGUUUGCUCGAGCAGAAAAUCCCGAAAUUUAACCCUGAGCUUAUUGUUGUUCUCUGCCGUUUCUGA